GUGUCAAGCUAGCCUACAGGAAGCUAGCUAGCGGUUAGCUACUGUAUCCCACAUCCGCUGGGUUUAGUAUAUGUUGUGAUUCCACUGUAUCUAGUGACGUUUAAUGUUGUCCUUGUGGUCUAGAGAUCGCUGAUAAAUGCCUGCAUUGUGAGCUAGAGAGAGAGGAGGAUUCGAGGCCGUGUUUCAGUGAUGUCCAGGCUCUGCAGUGUACCUACGCAGGUGAAGCUGACUCUGAAGGGGAAGAUGUGCAAUGGAAUGAUAAAGUCAGUAUCAAAAGCCUGUUGGGCCCACAUCUCAGUUACUAAACUGCCCUUCCUCCUGCUGGUGGUACUGGCUGUAGUGCCCACUGGGCAAGGGUCAGGAUGUGUGAGGCCAUACAUGGUCCAAAACAGCUGGGUAAACCUUACAGAAACCAACAGGGGCUUGUUCCCCGUAGGGACAGUAUUGCAAUACAGCUGUGACCCUGGUUAUCAGCCUGAUGGUCCUAGCAUCCUCACCUGCACCACACUGGGGCUCUGGUCCUCUGAACCUCCUCGCUGUAUACGCAGUGAUGUGUGUCGACCCCUUUCCGAACCACAGAAUGGAGGUUACAUCUGCCAUCCAUCUCCAUGUCGAAUGUUUACCCAUGGCACCGUGAUUGAAUUCUUCUGUGAUGAGGGCUUUAUUCUUAAGGGGGAUUACAAAUAUUUGGCCUGUCAAGAUGGACAGUGGGAUGGCCCUGCACAGAUUAGUUGUGUCAGCCAAGGUUGCAUAAGACCCUUCUUGGUGCCACAUGGAUCAACUAAUCUGACUGAGACCAAUAGGGGUUCCUUCCCUGUAGGCACAGUAUUGGAGUACCGCUGUGACCCCGGUUACCAGCCAGAUGGACCUACUAUUCUCACCUGCACUGCACUGAAAGAGUGGUCAUCUGAACCACCUCGUUGCAUACGCAGUGACGUAUGCCAGGCUCCAUAUCAACCAGAAAAUGGGGGAUACACCUGCCACCCCUCCCCAUGUCGAAGGUUUUCUCAUGGCACUGUGAUUGAAUAUUUCUGUGAUGAAGGCUACAUUCUGAAAGGAGACUAUAAAUACCUUACCUGCCAGUAUGGGGAAUGGGACAACCUAGUGCAGAUUAGCUGCCUCAUGGAGCAAGACCAUGAUCCCACUUUGCCACUCGGAAUGCCUGCCUUGUCCAUAGUAGCAUCAACAGCAAGUUCAGUGGCCCUCAUCCUUCUCCUGGUGGUGCUGCUGGUUCUACUGCAGCCAAAACUUAAGUCCUUACAUCGACGUGAUCAGGGUGUGUCUGGCCAGCCUGUGUCCAUUAUGGUAGAGGGAGUCCAGGUGACUCUGCCUUCAUAUGAGGAAGCUGUGAGCGGUGGUGUCAGCACAGCUUCAGCUCUCAGCUCAGAGUCUCGGGUCCAGAUAGUGCUGUCUGAGGGUCAACAUGCCACAGCGCCAGAGGCAGGCCCAUCUAGACCAUCUUCAUUUAAACAACAGCAUUCAGAGAUGGAUGUAUACCAGCCUAUACCACCAACCUCUUCCUCCCAGUCACCCUCACCCUCCUCCUCGACUUGGGGUCUGGAACAUGCAGGUGCUGCAGCACCUCUAUCCUCACAGAGAAGGCUGUCUGCAGGCAGCAACCAAUAUAGCCUGCCUCUGUUUGACUCAGAGAUGGACUACUCUGAUGAUAUGCCAUUGCUGAAGGAGGCCUGAAACAUGCUGCAGCCUUUUGGACUUACAUACCCAAAACAACCAGCUCUGCUACUGACCUUAACUGGUGAGCGGGACACCUCUUCAGAGUUUGUCAACACAGCUGUCAACACAGUCAAGCCCUACUACAGAGGCUCUGAGUCAGGCUGUGGGUCACUCAGAAUAGUUCCUCUGACCAUCCCAAAGGAGAACAUAGAAGGGAUUCACAUGUACAUACAUGGUUACAUUUUUAUAGGAAUUCCUACACUAUGUACGUCUACUGUCUGACACAAUUUUCAAAUUUAGAACAAAAAAAACAGAAAGGACAAGCACUUCUGUUGGAAUGCUAAAUCCUAAAGUUGUUUUAAAAAAUGACUGCAUUUGAGUUAAAUGAGCAAUGCUGCAAACUGAUUUUGGGAGCUAAUAGUCUCAGUGUCUUGUUUACCGUGCACAUUCUUAAAUCACAUAUCACACUAUUGAAAUAUACAUGAGCAAAAGGCAUACAGGCCAGGGAAUAUCAUUGUUGUCUAGUCAUGCACACUCACAAUGAUGUCAUCUACUUUUGGUGUGACAUCGUUAUUUAAUUUAGCAUUACACACAAUUUUCACUUUCACUAGCAAUAUAAUGCUGCUUUCUAACCUGCAAGAUUGACCAAAUGUUUCAUGUGGUUAAGAGCAAACAUCUUAAAUGACAUAUGGUUCAGGCCACAUUCCAUUAUAUUUCACCUUUUCAAACAUUUUAUUUCUAAAUUUAUUCUUUUCAUGUCCUACCCUGUCCCCAAUGGCCUUAGCUUUCCACUUCUAUGCACAGGUAUCUCUUAUAUGUAAAAUAAGGAAUUUUAAAAAAUGAAUGUCAGUAAAUUGCCUCCACAGCUUUGUGGUAUGUGUGGCUUUGUCAGACAUAUGUGCACCAGAACAUAUUGUACUUUAAUUUAUUCAGGCUGCUUGAAAAUUCCUGUUUAAUGUCUAAAUGGGAACCUAAAAUGUAUAGCUAUUAAUUUAUUAGUGUCCAAAAUGCUGUUGAUCAGCUAUGGUUUAUGUUGAUGUUUCCACAGCUCAAAAAAAUAGGUCUUUUCACUUUGCCGCUUCAGUUAUAAUUCUACUGCAGGCACGUUGUAUGUGAUACUGUAAAAGUGGUUGGGAAGAUCUAACUAAACAGUGAGUAAAUGUGUACAGUUUAGUGUAAUGUCACUGUUCACUUUGACUGUCUUUUAAGUUUACUUUUUAACUGAAGAAUGGACUGUGUGUGCGCGCAUGAGUGAGAUGAUAUUUUAAUAUAUGUAAAGAAGUGUCAUGUUUAAGUUGAUUCUGUAAAUACCAUGAUCAUUUUGAUUAAAUAUUAUUUGAAGUG